AUGUUACCCUUCUGGGUAGCCGGAGUGGCAGCUGGACUCAUCUCCCUGCACCUCCUGCAGAAGAUCUUCUUCCCUUACUUUUGGGCUGACCUGAAAUUCUUGCUGAAAGUGGUGAAGUAUGGGUUGACUGUGGAGACUUACAGAUUGCAGGGCAGGAUUUGUUCCGUGCUGGACAACUUUGUGAAGCUGGCUGAAAAGCAGCCCAGUAAACCAUUCCUGAUAUAUGAAGGGAAGGUUCACACGUACGGGGCUGUGGACAGGAGGAGUAACAGGAUAGCCCGACUUUUCCUCAAAGAAGGGACCCUGAAAAGAGGAGACACUGUAGCCCUGCUGAUGAGCAAUGAGCCAGAUUUCAUCCACUCAUGGUUUGGUCUGACCAAGCUGGGCUGUGUUGUGGCUUUCCUCAAUUUCAACAUCCGCUCCAGGUCCCUCCUGCACUGCAUCAGCAGCUGUGCACCCAAGAUGCUGCUGGUGGGAGCAGAUAUGCUUGGGACCUUAGAAGAAAUCCUUCCAAGUCUCCAAGGUGAUAUUAAAGUAUGGUUGAUGACAAAAGAAUCCAUUUUGCCAUGUGUUGACACCAUUUUAGACAAGCUGGAUGAUGUCUCUGAUGAUCCCAUACCAGAUAAUCUCCGUAUUGCUAAGAGUCUAAAAGACCCUCUUCUCUACAUAUUUACUUCAGGAACAACAGGUUUGCCGAAGGCAGCAGUUAUCAGUCACAUGCAGGUCCUAAAAGGUGCUGCUGGAUUAUGGGCAUUUGGUGCAACUCCUGAUGACAUCAUUUAUGUAACUCUCCCUCUUUACCACAGUGCAGCUUCUCUCCUUGGUAUUGGUGGAUGUGUUGAAUUGGGUGCAACAUGUAUUCUAAGGAAGAAAUUUUCAGCCAGUCAAUUCUGGAGUGAUUGCAAAAAAUAUGAUGUUACUGUUAUUCAAUACAUUGGGGAACUGUGUCGUUACCUCUGCAAACAACCUGUGAAAGAAGGAGAAAAACAUCACAAAGUUCGCCUCGCAGUUGGAAAUGGAAUAAGGUCUGAUGUCUGGAAAGAAUUUUUGCUCCGGUUCGGUGACAUUAAGAUAUGUGAACUGUAUGGUGCAACUGAAGGAACAAUUUGUUUCAUGAAUCACACAGGCAAAGUGGGAUCUGUGGGCCGAACCAAUUUCUUUUAUCAGCUCUUUUUUCCUUUUGACUUGAUUAAGUAUGAUUUUCAAAAAGAGGAGCCAAUCAGAAAUAAACAUGGAUGGUGUGAAAGAGUUAAGAAUGGUGAAGCUGGCCUUCUAAUAUCCAAAGUGAACUCAAAGAAUCCAUUCUUUGGCUAUGCUGGCAAUAAGAAAGAUACAGCAAAGAAAUUACUCUGUGAUGUGUUUAAGAGGGAAGAUUGCUAUUUCAAUACAGGAGAUCUGAUGGUCCAAGAUCAAGAUAACUUUCUUUACUUUUGGGACAGGACAGGAGAUACAUUCAGGUGGAAAGGGGAGAAUGUUGCCACUACAGAAGUUUCUGAUGUCAUUGGUAUGUUGGAUUUUAUACAGGAAGCCAGUGUUUAUGGGAUUCCUGUGCUGGGUUAUGAAGGAAAAGCAGGCAUGGCCUCUGUCAUCUUAAAGCCUAAUAAAUCUUUAGAUUUGGAAAAACUAUAUCAACAUGUGGUGACAUAUCUACCCAGUUAUGCCUGCCCUCUAUUUUUAAGACACCAGGAAAUAAUGGAAGUUACAGGAACUUUCAAGCAACAAAAGUUUAAGCUGGUGGGGGAAGGAUUUAAUCCAUCUGCAAUCAGUGAUCCGCUUUAUUUUUUGGACAGUUCUAAAAAAACUUAUGUUCUAUUAACCAAAGAAGUGCAUGAUAAGAUCUUAUCUGGGCAAGUGAAACUUUAA